AUGGACGUCCGUGACAUUUCCUUUGGGACUGUGGUGCUGUUACAGACCAGCACUGGGCUGUCAGUAAAUGUCUUCCUCCUCCUGUUUUAUAUCCACUUGAUCUCCUUCAGUCACAGGAUCAGCUCCUCAGACUUGAUCUAUACCCAUUUGGCCUUGGCCAACACCAUCAUUUUCUUCACUUGUGGAAUCUCAGAGACCAUUUCUGCAUGGGGAGGGAGAAAUUUCUUGGGCGGGAUUGGAUGUAAAAUCAUUUUAUAUAUUUACCGGGUGUCCCGAGGACUUGUCAUCUGCACCACCUGCCUCCUGAGCAUCUUCCAGGCUAUCACUAUCAGUCCCGGUACCUCCCGGUGGGCAGGAGUCAAAUCUAAAUUACACAAGUGCAUUGUCCCCUCCUUUGUCUUUUUCUGGGUCCUCAAUUUGCUCAUCGACAUUAAUACACUGAUCUAUGCAGCUGACCCCCAGAACAGCACCAGCGUUUGCAUUACAUAUGAUCUUAAUUAUUGUUCAAUAAUCAUUCUUAGUACGGAGGUUGCCCUGGUAAAUGCUAUUUUCCUUUCUGGACGUGAUCUGAUAUUUGUAGUGAUCAUGAGCAUGGCCAGCGGCUACAUGGUCAUUGUCCUGCACAGGCACCACCGGCAGGUCCGACACCUCCACAGGCCCAUCCUCUCCCCCAGGCAGAUGCCCGAGGUCCGAGCUGCCAAGAGGGUCAUCGUCCUGGUCACCCUCUAUGUCCUCCUUUACAGCCGCCAGUCCAUCAUGUUGAGUGUUUUACUCAACAUGAAAGAAAAGUCUCCUCUGCUGGUGAAAGCCCACCAGCUUUUGGCAUUCACCUUCUCAUCUGUCUGUCCAUUCCUGGUGAUUUACAGUGACAGGAGGGUGAGAAUACUCUGGAAAAGGGAAUCUCCCGUGCACAAAGUGGAUCUUUCAUAG